AUGGAAUCAAUUCAUGAUAUUGCUGUUCGCUACAAGUGGAACGUAACUUUUAUAACUGGUGCGGAUCCGGAUUUUUAUAGCAUCAUUGAUCUUGUUAAAGAUGUAACAGCAGUAGCUUUAUCUCAUAUUCCAACUACUAUCCAUUUGUCUCUGUUUUUGUCUUGUGUUGUUCCUGGGUCUUCUGCUAUAAUGAAUGUGGAUAGUGAUAAAGAUGUGCUAGAGAUGUUUAAAGUAAAUGUUGGUAAAAGAUUGAUAGACUUGUAUAUUGAUAAGGUUGUAACUGAUGUAAAUCCUGAAUUUGCCUCAAUUGAGAGUAUGGAGUUUGAUGAUAGGGAGUUUGAGUUUGAUGAUAGGGAGUUUGAUGAUAGGACAUUUGAUGACAGUAAUGUGAAUGACAAUGAUGACAGUAAUGUGAAUGACAAUGAUGAUAGUAAUGUCAAUGACAAUAAUGACACUAAUGUCAGAGACAAUGAGACCAAUGUAAAUAAGAGCAAUGGAGGACAGCCUGGGGAUGAGUGUGAUUUGGAAAAUGAUAAUGAUGUAUUUGGGUUUAGUUCUGAAGAUGAGGAAUGGGAAAAUAGUGGGAAGGGUAAGAAUCCAGUUCACAAUGAUGAUGUGAAUAAGAAUGUGGAGGAAGAAAAGAACCAUAGUGAGGAUGGUAUGUCAGACUAUGAAUCAGGAGAUGAACCUGGUACUGAAUCUGAUAAUGACAUGUAUGUGGAAGAAGAAGAGUGUGAGAAAAAUGUUGAACAACAGAAAACUGAAACAGCAAGGGGUGGGUGUUAUGCAAGCUGUUUAAAGGGAACUCCAUUUAAGAGAGGUGUGGAUGGAAAGAUUAAGUUAGAAGAAGGUCAUCUAUUUGUCAAUGUGAACCAUUUUAGGGAUAUUUUGGUUGAUUUUUAUGUCUAA